GCUUUGUCAAGUCAUACGGCUAACCUACCAGCUUCGUUAUAGCUCGAGGCUCUGGUGUAUCGUUAUGGAAGUUCUAACUUGAUAAUAGAAAAUUGAAAAAUUCACCACCAGGUCUUCAGUAGGAAAGAAUAAGAGUGUCUCCGCCUUCGUGGAAUUGUUACAGGAUAGUAUUUCGAAAAGUGUGUAAGGUUCUCUCCCAGCCGUCCUCACUCCAACGCCAAAAUGUCGAAAUCUAAAACAGUCAGCGUCCGCAUCACGACGAUGGACGCCGAGCUGGAGUUCUCGAUCAAGCCCAGCACGACGGGGAAGCAGCUCUUCGACCAGGUGGUUCGAACGAUCGGGCUCCGCGAGAUCUGGUACUUCGGGCUCCAGUUCCUCGACAGCAAAGGCUUCACGAGCUGGCUGGUUCUGACCAAGAAGGUUCUCCAACAAGUGGGCAAGAAGCAUGAAAAUCCCAUCCAGUUCAAAUUCCGCGCCAAAUUCUACCCUGAGGACGUGAGCGAAAUUAUCCAGGAGUCUACCCUGCGGAUGUUCUACCUGCAAGUGAAGAACGCCAUCCUGAGCGACGAGGUCUACUGCCCGCCCGACGCCGCCGUGCUCCUCGCCUCGUACGCCGUGCAGGCCAAGUACGGCGACUUCAACCAGGACUUCCAUAAGCCGGGUUUCCUCGCCAACGACCGCCUUCUGCCCCAGCGCGUGUUGGACCAGCAUAAACUGACCCGUGACGCGUGGGAGGAGAAGAUCGCCACGUGGCACAAGGAGCACAAGGGUCGCAUCAGAGACGAGGCUAUGCUGGACUACCUGAAACUGGCCCAAGACCUGGAGAUGUACGGCGUCAACUACUUCGACAUCAAGAACAAGAAGGGCACGGACCUCACCCUCGGCAUCGACGCCCUGGGCAUCAACGUCUUCGAGCGAGGGGACAGACUGACCCCAAAGAUCGGCUUCCCUUGGUCCGAAAUCCGCAACAUCACCUUCCACAACCGCAAAUUCAUCAUCAAACCCAUCGACAAGAAAUCCCCGGACUUUGUCUUCAACUCGUCACACGUCCGCAUCAACAAGACGAUCCUGGCGCUGUGUAUGGGCAAUCAUGACCUCUUUAUCCGGCGUCGUAAGGCUGACACGAUCGAGGUCCAGCAGAUGAAGAUUCAGGCCCGGGAGGAGAAGAUGUCCAAGAAGAUGGCGCUGGAGAGGCUCGCCCGAGAAGUGUCCCUGCGAGAGGAGGCAGAGAAGAGGCAGAAGGACUUCGAGGAGCGCCUCCUGAGCAUGAACAAGGAGAUGGAGGUGCGGCAGAAGGAACUCCUCACUGCCCAAGAGACGAUCCGCCGUCUGGAGACACAGCUGCGGGAACUCCAGGAGGCCAAGGACGAGCUCGAGAAGAAGCAGACGGAGCUGCAGACGAUGAUGGCGCGGCUGGAGGAGACCAAGGAGAUGGAGGCCGGCGAGAGGGCAAGGCUGGAGGAGGAGAUCAAGUACAAGCAGGAAGGAUGA